CGCCGAGCGGCGGCGGCGGCACGCAGCCGCCCGCGGAGUGAGGGACGGAGCGAGCGAGCGGGCGGCAGGCAGGCAGGCAGGCAGCCGCGGGAGAUGUGCCCGGAGGAGGACGGCGGCUGCGGCGGCGGCGGCGGCGGCGGCGUGGCCGGUACCGGCGGCCCCGAGGCGGCGGUGACGCUGGACGAGCUCCGCUCCUGGUGGGAAGUCCCGGCCAUCGCGCACUUCUGCUCCCUCUUCCGCACCGCCUUCCGCCUGCCCGACUUCGAGAUUGAGGAACUGGAAGCUGCUCUUCACAGAGAUGAUGUGGAGUUUAUCAGUGACCUGAUCGCCUGCCUUCUUCAAGGUUGUUAUCAGCGCAGAGACAUCACAUCCCAGACGUUUCACAGCUACCUGGAGGACAUCAUCAAUUACCGCUGGGAGCUGGAGGAAGGGAAGCCCAACCCCCUGCGGGAGUCCACCUUCCAGGAGCUGCCUCUGCGCACCCGGGUCGAGAUCCUGCACCGCCUCUGUGACUACCGCCUGGAUGCAGAUGACGUCUUCGACCUCCUCAAGGGCUUGGACGCCGACAGCCUCCGUGUGGAGCCGCUGGGCGAGGACAGCAGCGGUGCCCUGUACUGGUACUUCUACGGCACUCGGAUGUACAAGGAGGACCCGGUGCAGGGGAAAACCAAUGGAGAGCUGGCUCCAGACAGGGGUUGUGGGGGGCAGACAAACACCCCAAACGUUCCUGGGAAAACGGGCAAGAGACGAGGGCGACCUCCAAAGCAGAAAAAACUACUGGAAGAAAAUUUGCUGAGGGAGAAGGCAGAAGAGAACUUGCUAAUCCGUGAGACUCAGAUAAGAAAUGGGUCCCAAGGGCCUGGCCGUGGGACAUGGUGGCUGCUGUGUCAGACGGAAGAGGAGUGGAGGCAGGUCACAGAGAGCUUCAGAGAGAGGACUUCCCUUAGAGAGCGGCAGCUCUACAAACUCUUGAGUGAAGACUUCCUGCCGGAGAUCUGCAACAUGAUUGCACAGAAGGAGAAGCGUCUACAGCGGACAGAGUAUUCUCCCAGGUGGAUGUCUGACCAUCAGCCCAUCAAACCAAUCAAGCAGGAGGUAAACCCAAGUGUGCUGAGUUCGAUGGAGAAGCAGAGGCGUAGAGAGGAAGAGGAGGAGCGCCAGAUUCUUAUAGCAGUUCAGAAGAGGGAGCAGGAACAGCUGCUAAAGGAGGAGAGGAAGCGAGAGAUGGAGGAGAAGGUCAAAGCAGUGGAAGAAAGAGCCAGGAGACGGAAGCUUCGUGAAGAGCGGGCCUGGCUGCUGGCACAGGGGAAGGAGCUCCCCCCUGAGCUUUCCCACUUGGAUCCCAGUUCCCCUACCAGGGAAGACCGAAGGACCAAGGAUCUCUUUGAACUGGAUGAUGAGUUCACAGCCAUGUACAAAGUUCUGGAUGUGGUAAAGGCUCACAAGGACUCUUGGCCCUUCUUGGAGCCCGUUGAUGAAUCAUAUGCUCCCAACUACUACCAGAUCAUUAAGGCCCCCAUGGACAUCUCUAGUAUGGAGAAGAAGUUGAAUGGAGGUCAGUACUGCACCAAGGAAGAAUUUGUGAGCGAUAUGAAGACCAUGUUCAGGAACUGUCUUAAGUACAAUGGUGAAGGCAGUGAAUAUACAAAGAUGGCUUACAACUUGGAGAGGUGUUUCCACCGAGCAAUGAUGAAGCACUUCCCUGGGGAAGAUGGAGACACAGAUGAGGAGUUCUGGAUCAGAGAAGAUGGGAGACGAGAGAAGAGGAGCCGGCGGAGUGGCCGCUCCAGCACCGGCAACGUUUGGACUCGGUCACGAGAUUCAGAUGGACCAGGCAAGAGGCAGCAACGCUUGGAAAAUGGGGGAAAACCUCCACCAUAUCGAGCUACUUCCAGGGCUCCUGCUUCUUCGUCCUCUUCUUCCUCCUCCUCCUUCUCCUCAUCCUCUGCAGACGAUCCCAGUGGCAACCCGAUGCAGCCUCCCCGAGAAGUGGGCCCUUCCAAUGGGCGAGGUUUCCCUCGCUCUCUGCAGUACGGCGGCAUGCCCAGCCCUGUGCCACAUCCCAGCCAGAUGAGACCAGCUGUGCCAGGAACGUUCGGUCCCCUGCAUGGAUCAGAUCCCACGAAACUCUACAGCUCGCCGCGAGUGCCCGAGCCCCACCCCGGAGACCCAGUCCAGCAGCACCAGCACUUUGCCAUGCAGCCGGCCGUGGGACUGAGCGAGCACCGCGGGCACAGGCUGCCCGCCCCGGAGAAGCAGGCGUGUGCAGGACCAACCCACGUCGCCGGCCUCGGCCCCCGGCCAGGCGCUCUGCACCUGGGGCACAUGAAUGGCCCCCCGCCGGAUGCCGUCUACCCUCCAGCCCAGUUCCAGCAGGGCUUUCUCCCCUCCAGGCACAAUGGGCCUCCUGUGAGGCCACCAGAGGGCUCGGAGGUCCCCCCGGGGCACAUGUACCGGCCCUACAAGUACCUGAACCGCACGCACCCAGCCCUGUGGAACGGCAGCCACAGCCCAGCCAGCCAGGGAGCCAUGGGGCCCGAGGAGAAGGCGCCCAUGGGGCCCGGGCCCUCGCUCCAGCCCCGCGCCCUGGGCCACAUGAUGGACCCCCGGUCCAUGAGGCCGCCACUGCCUCCCGGCCAGUGGACCGAGCAAUCAAAUUUCCUACCUCACGGGGUGCCUCCCUCAGGGUAUAUCAGACCACCUGGGAAAGCCACCGGCCAGAGGAUGCCGCAGCCAACGUCCGCUCUGUUUGGGGGACCGCCUCAGGUUCAAAGAGGGUGCCAGGGCGGGGACUCCAUGAUGGACAGCCCGGAGAUGAUCGCCAUGCAGCAGCUGUCCUCCCGCGUGUGCCCGCCGGGUGUGCCUUACCACCCUCGCCAGCCGCCCCCGCCGCACCUCCCCGGACCCUUUCCCCAGCUGGCUCACGCUGCCUCUGCCACCAGCCUUCAGCCCCCAAAACCCGUCAUGGGGAACGGGAGCUCGCAGGACCCAGCCGCUCAGACCAUGGAGCCAGAGGGCAACCAAGUGGAGCAGCCAGCAGGUGUGGACGAGAAGGCUCAGUGUAUUGGCAUUCCCGAUGGGGCCUACGCCAAACUCCUACCUCAUCCCAAGCCCCCGCUGCCCAUGGAGUGCACCAGGCGCGCCUUGCCCCCGGAGGGGGAGGGGGACGGCUCCAGCGUGAAGGGCGACCUGAAGGCAGGACAGGGCAAGGGCACAUGGCCAGCAGAGAGCAGCUAUGGCGGUGGCCCAGGCUGCGUGAGGGACCUGAUGCCCACUUCCGAGAGAGGGGGUCCCCUGCCUGAGAACGGGGCAGUGGGCGAGGGGCCAGCGGCCGGUGCCGAGGGGAAGGGGCUGGCCGCCAACCUGCUGGAAAAGCCCCUCUGCGGCGGGGGGAAGGCUCUGCCUGAAGCAGCUGUGCCUUGCAUGGGGCAGGGCACCAGCCUCUCUGGGGUGGAUGCCAGCUCUGUGGGUGCUGCUCCCAACCAGUUCCACCCUCUCUACAUGCCUGGUCUGGAAUAUCCAAAUUCAGCCGGACGGUACCACAUCAACCCAGGCCUGCAGGGGUUCAGCCCCAUGAUGGGGGGCAAGCCACCUCCUCCUGCUUCCCACCCCCAGCAUUUUCCCCCCCGGGGCUUCCAGCCAAGCAGCGCCCACCCCGGUGUCUUCCCCCGGUACCGACCCCCCCAGGGCAUGCCCUACCCCUACCAGCCGCAGCCUCAGCCUUCCUACCACCACUACCAGCGACCACCCUACUACACCUGCCCACAGGGCUACUCGGACUGGCAGAGGCCUCUCCACUCCCAGGCCAGCCCCAGUGGGCAUCCCACUGCCCACCCACCCCUGGCCAGACCCCCUUUCCCCGAACGAGGGCCCACCAGCAGCUUGCAGGGCUGCGAGGCACUGAACGCCGCCCUGGCCUCUCCCAACCGCAUGGACGUAGCGAGUGCCAAAGAGGUUUCUCCGAGCGAUGGGCAGGACCUGGGGCCUGAAGAUGAGAAGUCCGAGGAGUCCCAGGAAAGACCAGAGAGUCCCAAAGAGUUCCUUGAUUUGGACAACCACAACGCAGCCACAAAGAGGCAAAGCUCGGUGGCAGCCGGGGAGUUCCUCUAUGGAGCCCCUCCACCACACCUGGGUUCGGGGAUGGGAUUCGGCCCAUCAACUUUCCCUCCCCAUGGGGUGAUGCUACAGACUGGCUCUCCUUAUGUAUCCCGGCAUCCCGCCAGUCAUUUCCAGCCCAGGACAUAUGGAUCGCCUAUGAAUGCUCACCUGUCUCAUCAUCCUGCCUCUGGCCAGGCCAACGGCCUCUCUCAGGAGGGCGCCCUGUACCGUUGCCGGGAGGAAAACAUGGGUCACUUUCAGGCUUUGCUGAUGGAGCAGAGAGGCAGUGGAGGUGGCAUUGGGGGGCCACCCCAGGACUUGUAUAGACCCUCGGGAAUGCAAAUGCAUCAGGCUCAAGUCCCCUUUGCGAAGAUGCCUACAGCAACCAUGUCCCGGGAAGAUGUGACAUCACAAAAACCCUCAGCAUUGCCUCUGGAUCAAAGCUAGUCCAAGGAAGAAAGGACCUCAUGAAGAUGAAAGCCACACAUGAUUUGGACAAGAGGGAGGAGGGGCAGGCCUUCCUCCCACCCUCCCCUCGCCUGAGCAGCAUGUAGUUUCCUGGGUCCGUGCAACAUGGUGCGGCGAGGGCUUUUGUGUUGGAAACCUGGAGCAGUGCUGGGUCCCAGCCAGCCCAGCAGCUGGCUUGCCACCACAGGGCGACCAUUGCAAACUAGUGGCUUUCUGUGACCGGAGACUGCAUCUCAUUCAGGGUUUGAGGGAUUUUUUGGGGGGCGGGGGGGUAGGGGUGGGAGCGGAAAUUUUCAUUGACUGCUAAACUCAGGUAUAUUUUUCAGGGUGGAAGAGGAUGAUGAUGGAAUUUUACUUGUAGUAUUAACGUGUGUGUUUUGGAGCUGGAUCCAGUUUACAGAAUUUAACCUGUUGCCUUUUUAAAUAAAUUUCUGUUGUUGGUGAAUGUAUUGUACAUAAUGGGGGAGGGGGUGGGCCCAGCUUGUAGUGGGCUUAGCACUGGAGGAAUCCUUAACUGUUUACAAUCAUAUCACACUGAAAUCUUUCAGAAUAAGGGUGAGGAUUUGAGGGGAGCAGGGAGAGGUGAGGGAACGUGUGAGGGAUGACUUGCUGUCCUCCUUCCUGUCCUCUGCUUACCGAGACAUGAUCCAAUGGCAGGAGUUGCUCAGGAGCGUAACGUGUCCUCCUCUUUCUCUUGUCUUCCUCCUUCACUCCUUACCCUCACCCCUCUGGAUCCAGGGCCUGAGUGCACUUCCAGCUCCUGUCAUCAUGGGGGAACAAGGAAACCAGGACCAGGAAUUUAAACCAGAACAGGACACUCUUGGCAUUGUCCCUUCUACUAGUAUAGUACCCUUCUCCCUGCAUUUUUCUGAUAGGAGAAAUGUAUUCUUUAGAAAACAGAAGAUGGCAUAACUGGCCAUCUUAGACUUCUUUUGGUGCAUCUGGUGGUGGAGCAGCACCUAACCAGUAGAAAAAGUUUUAUGCACAUCUAUACUGCCCUGCUAGCCAAGGAGGGGAGCCAAGUCCCUGCCUUUCUCUGUCCCUUAGCUAUAUUCGCUUCUUAGCAGCAGCAAAGCAGAAAGUACCCUGGGGUUCUUGACCACUCUUGGCUGCUCUGAAGGAAGAGUGUGAGGCUGCUUUGGAGGAAUGGGUGCUUUGCUGCAGUGUGAGCUGUUUUGUUGGCCUAUGGAGUUGGAUUCAGUGUUUGCAAGAUGCAGGUGAAUCAGAAAGCACUGAUUCAAAAUCAAAUGUUGAGGUGGCCUGACUCAGGGGGUGAGGGACAAGAGGGCUGCGUGCUCGAGUUGACUUUGUUUAUCCUUGUCAUCAUUUAUCAUGUACCAGUAAGUCAUGCAGGGCUAGUGGCAGCUUCCUCUGGGGGCUGUGCAAGGGCUUUCCUCACCAGUUGCAGUACUGCACUGGAGAAGCCCUGUGCGCCAGUGCUUUGCCAGGCACUGAUGUUCAAAUGUAGCUUUGACAAAUGAGUUUGGUAGGAAUCUCAUCUGCAGAUGUUUAUUCAUAUCUUAAACCUAACAAGGAAAUACAGAUGAUUGUUCUUGAUGAGGACCUGGGGUAAAACAAUGUGGAAUUGCUUCAUGAUGAGAUUGGGCAGCAAGAUCUGCUGGGACCACAGACCUAGUGCAGGCUGGUGAUUGCACUCUAGGGACAGCGAGGUAGUUAGGAGGAUGUGCCAAUGUGUUGGACAAACUGAGCUAGCAAAAGCACAAGUGGCAGCAGAAGUGAGGACAGAACAGCCUGCCUUUUAGUCUGUGGUACCAGCUAGAGAAGGGUCUUUGUCUCCAGGUUUCUGAAGAAUUUUCUGUCUGCUUUUUUGUUUCGGAUGGUGCCAUCACCUAUGUGUUUAGCUAGGUUGCACUAGCAUGCCCUUAUCCUGCUGUGUAGAUUAGAUCUACCAUAGACUGGCAAAGCUGUUCGAGCAAAUGACAAGUAGCAUCUGACUGAGCCAUUACCCCUUCUGUCCUAAGCUUUUGGAAGCACAAAAGGCCUAAAAUAUGAGAAAUAUUCUGUCUUGAAAUAGUUAGAACAAGGAAGGACUGCCGCAUUAGUGCCCUCUAGCCACCAAGUCUCACUGUUCUGUUGCUGCAGUACUUUUGCCUCUGAUGAGCUGUGUAGGGCCAAGGCAUUUUCCAAGCCUAACAGGACUUAAACUUCUUUGUGCAGUUCCCACAACUCUCUUUCUAAACACAGUUCUUACUCGCUGCUGCAUCUUUCCUGUGGGCUAUAGCACCUAUCUGCUUAGUCCAGUGAGUUGUCUGGAACAGCUGCCUCCUCCACAGAGGAAGACUUCAAUAUAUUGUGAGUUACAUUACAUUAUGAAAGGGAGAUUUUUUUGUGUGUAGUUUGUUUAUUCUUUUUUUUUUUUUUUUCAUUUGUCUUCAUCCGUCAGGGAGCAUUUGUCACUGGUGGAUUGGUAUAAACUGGAAUAGAUGAUCCUGAAGGUUCUUCUUUGACUGAAGCAGGUAAUAGCUCUCCCCAGACAAGAACAUUAUGAUAUGGCUUAUCUGAAUUUGUUCCAGAUCUCAGGGUCUGCUGCUGUCUCAUGAGCUGGCAGUGGGUUUUCAGAGGUGCCCCAGCUGCUCAAUAAUGCAAGUCUGGAUCUUUCCCUGAAUGGAGACACUGGAGCAGUAGUAGCUAUUUAUAAAAAAACUGUGCACAUGUAACUGCUCUUCAAGACAAUAAACAAUGGGACAAAUUAAAACACUUCUCCUUCUCCUUGUAAAGCAAUCUUUAAUUCAUUGUAGAUGUAGAAGUAAUUUUAAAUAACACAUUUAAAAUAGAGGAACUGUAAAAUAUGUUGUGCAGCAAAGUAUUUGGAGUUCUGGAAAUGUGAAUGUGGAUUCUGCAAAGAAGCCCUGCCAUACUUCAGCCUGUGUCUUCUGUGUCACAGACAGUUACCCAAAUAUUUGAAGUGCCUUUCAUUCAGCUCAUUGUGAACUUUGUGGAACAGUAGGUUUUUAGAAGCUAUUAAAAAAAAAGCCAAACAAACUGAAGCACCCUUGGCCUUUAGCUAGAACUGGCACUGGAAACAUGGUUCUAGUGGUCAUGGUAUCUGGAUGAGUACCAAGCCCAGAUCAAAACAGCAGAUGAAUAAGAAAAGCAAGAAUUGCUUCUGGUCUGCUUGGAGAACAUGGUGGGGUGUUAGACCUUGAGGAUCCUAUAUGAAGUGUGUGAUGUGAAGAUAUUAUCCCUUACCUGACAUACUGGAAAUCUGGGAGAAGGGUUUGACUUGAGGGUGGCAAGACAAAACAGAGUAGUGAAGUGACUCCUCCUGAGAGGGUUUCUAAGCAAAUGGCUUUUGAUGUAGUCAGUAAUUCUAAUUAAAGUGGCUAACAAGCUGCUGUUGUGAGGGCACAUGGUUUAUAUUAGACAAGUACUAAUAGAGCAUAGGGGAAACUAUGGCUGGGCUACAGGGAUAGGGCUAUCCUGGGGACAGGGCACUAAGAGAAAGAGCUGCUUGUGGAAUCUUAGCUCAAGAGUUUCCAGACUUUCACAUGCUUUGUGCUUUAGUGUUUGAGUUGGGUUGUUUGUUGGUUUUUCUUUUUAUGAUGACAUAUAGGGAUGCCCCAAAAAUCAGAGCUCUGAGCAAAAAUCACAGAAAAUUGGCACCCCUCAGAGGGUGUGGGGCUGGGAGUGGAUUAGCUGGGCUGGAAC